CAUCAGUUGCGAUUGUAAACACCACCGGGUCGAACAUAACCUCAACACGAAUAUUGGGAAUGAGCCGCACGAACAGGGACAUAAUGAUAACCUCGCUCUAACGUUAUUAUCAUUUCGAGAAUUAUCAUUUAAUAAUUAACAUAGGUCAUUGCAAAUGGGUUGGAAAAUACCAAAGCCCUUUUAUUGGGCCAGUGGACUGGCGACAUGCAUCGGAGGUAUUUGCAUAAUAAAAGACAUGUUUGGGGAGAAAGAAUAUGCAGGAGACGAAAAUAUGACAGAUAAAAUUGUGAUAGUGACAGGUGCCAACACAGGAAUUGGAAAGGCAGUGGCACAGGGGAUGGCUAAGCGAGGGGCUAAAGUUAUUAUGGCGUGUCGAGAUUUACCCAAGUGCGAACAGGCACGUGAAGAGAUCGUUUUAGAAACCAGAAAUAAAUAUGUGUACUGCAGACCUUGCGAUCUAGCUGUGCAAAAGAGCAUUCGUGAAUUCGUUAAAAAUUUCAGAAAAGAACACAAUAAACUUCACAUUUUAAUCAAUAAUGCUGGAGUGAUGAGAUGUCCGAAGAGUCUCACUGCAGAUGGAAUCGAAAUGCAAUUGGGAGUCAACCAUAUGGGACACUUCCUAUUAACGAAUUUAUUGUUAGAUACCCUGAAAUCAUCGGCUCCUGCUAGAGUAGUUAACGUAUCUAGCGUCGCCCACUCUAGAGGAACAAUCAAUGUGAAUGAUCUUAACAGCAAUGAGAACUAUGAUUCUGCAGCUGCUUAUGCGCAGAGUAAACUGGCAAAUAUUUUAUUCACGAAGGAGCUUGCGAAGAAAUUAAAAGGAACCGGGGUAACAGUUAAUGCAGUUCAUCCAGGAAUCGUUGACACUGAAUUAAUGCGCCACAUGUCCUUCACCAAGAGUUUCUUCGCUGGAAUAACUAUAAAACCUUUUUUUACGCUGCUUCUAAAAAGUCCGAAACAGGGAGCACGAACAGUUUUGUACGCAGCACUGAACCCAUCAUUAGAUGAUGUUACAGGAGCAUAUUUCAGUAAUUGUCAACAAAUAGAAGAAUCUGAAAAUGCAAAAGAUGAAAAGAUGGCAGAUUGGUUGUGGCAGACCAGUGCAAAAUGGACGAAGCUCAAUACGAACUAGUGAACAAAUUGUAUUUACUAAAGUUGAAAACUUUAUCGCGUGUUGUCAUUUUAAAUAAACAUUGAAUUUUCA